AUGGAUGGAAAUGGUGGACAGUAUAACCCAAGAACAGUAGUAGAAGAAGUUUUUAGGGAUUUUAAAGGUAGAAGAGCCGGGAUGAUUAAAGCUAUCACUUCUGAUGUGGAAGCAUUUUUCAUGCAGUGCGAUCCUGUAGUUAAAUUCUGGGGUUAUUUUGAAUCAAGCAAUGGAGGAAGCACUAUUAUAGAUCCUUCUGUGUCGAGCACCGCCUUCGACGGAAUUGGCUCAUUGGGGAUUGAAGGGUUCCAGAGUUCUAAUUGCUUAGUUGGUAACUUCAGUUCAAACCAAGAUGUUCAGUCUCAGAUUACCACAGCAAGCAUGGUAGAUUCUCAAGCCUUCUCUCUCCAAGAACUUCAGGACAAUUCAGGAGGUACGUCAUCCAGCAAUAUAGAUCUCGAUGACACUGGCCUCUUACAGAAUGGCUCAUGGCAGCAAAUAUCCCCACCUCUAAGAACGUAUACAAAGGUCCAAAAGGUAGGAUCCGUUGGGAGAUCAAUUGAUGUUACAAGGUUUAAGAACUACGAUGAUCUCAGAUAUGCUAUAGCGUGCAUGUUUGGCCUCGAUGGUAUGCUUGAUGAUCCAAGAGGUUCAAGCUGGAAGCUUGUAUAUGUAGAUUACGAAAAUGAUGUGCUUCUUGUUGGUGAUGAUCCGUGGGAGGAGUUCGUUAGCUGUGUCCGUUGCAUCCGAAUUUUGUCUCCUUCAGAAGUUCAGCAAAUGAGCGGAGAUAAAAUGGAUCUAUCAAGUAAUACGGUAGUGUAA